AUGCCAAGUUGCUGCACCAAUGGCUCUGGUCGUCGUGCCUUCCAGCCGAAUUCGCAAAAUGAACCGCCAGGUUUCCCCUUCCAGGCAUCAUCACCAGUUCCGGGAUCCCAGAGACUACAUUUGAACCAUCUGUUACAUGGAGCAGUCCCAAACAGCACUAUGUUCUGCACAAGCUUGCACCCGACUUCUUCUUCAACCGACCCGGGGAUGGAUCCACGGCUUGGAAUCAUUCCACCACCACCUCCUCAUCAUCAUGAUCAUCAACAUCAUCACCAUACCAGCGCUGGGAAAUCUCCAUUCAUGCUUGACGACCAAGGCAUGGAGAGCUUGGAAGACUUGACAGACUUCCUUGACAUUGCAGAGGAAGACCCUAGUCACAACAGCAGCUUUCGUCAAUUGCAUCAGGGUAAAGAUACUAUCAUGACACUGAAGGAGACGAUGGGCUAUCUGUCCAAAGAGCUUGAUAUCCCUCUCGAUGAUGACGACGACGAUGAUGAUCAUGAAAGUCCAGCUCUUGAGGGUAUUUAUGAACCGCCGCCUCGAGAUCCAAGGGGGCCUGUUGCUGAAUUGCACUGUAAAAAGUACAAGAAUGCAGAUGAUUACUUGCCUGCAACUAGCUACAAAUAUCCAGAGGCUGCAAGUUGUCAUAAGCAGCGAAUCAGGUGGACGACGGAGCUCCAUGACCUUUUCCUUGGAGCAGUGAGAACCCUCGGAGGCCCUGAAGUUGCGACUCCAAAGCGCAUACUGUCACUUAUGGAUGUCAAGGGCUUAAACAUCUACCACGUCAAGAGUCAUUUACAGAAGUAUCGGCUCCAGACACAAGAGAAAAAGAUGGCCAGCCCUGUGGAAAAGAAAACAGCUUCAUCCAACACUGAUUCUGAUGGAAAUAUGAAUAGAGACAUGGUUGUCACAACAGCUCUACAGAUGCAGAUCGAUGUACAGAAACUGCUGUACGACCAACUGAAGUCACAAAAGCUCCUUCAGUUGCGCAUAGAGGAGAACGCAGAAUUCCUGAAGAAGUUGCUGGAAGAACAGCAGAAGUCGAAUCCCAGCAUCGAUUCUCCUUCCUCGUCACAAGUCGAACCGUCGAGGUCUGCCCCAUUUGCUAAUGAAUCCUCCCCUGCAAAGACAACAUAUGUGAGAAGUCAGAGUUCGUCCAAAACAUCAAGUGAUCAGGCAACUGACACUGCCAGAACUGAACAUUCAGAAUGUCAUAAGCGGCCCCGAGGAGAGAGGGAAUGA